AUGGGUUCACUAACACAGCCCAAGCUUCCGGUUAUCGACUUCUCCUUGGAGAAAUUGAAGUCCUGUACAAGUUCCUGGUCAUCGACACGAGACGAUGUUGUUCGGGCACUCGAAGAAUAUGGCUGCUUCAUUGCAGUGUAUGAUCAAGUUUCUUUGGAGCUUCACAACGCGAUUUUUCAAGUAUCAGAAGAGUUGUUUGACCUUCCUACAGAAACAAAAGUCUUAAACACUUCAGAUACCCCUUCACAUGGCUACGUGGGACAAGAGCCUGUAGUUCCUCUGUACGAAGGGUUGGGAAUCGAAGAUGCAACAACUCUCGAAGGAGCUCAAAGAUUUACCAAUCUCAUGUGGCCAUCUGGAAAUGAUCGUUUCUGUGAAACAACGCUCUCAUUUUCAAGGCUAAUAGCAGAAUUAGAUCAAAUAGUGAUGAGAAUGGUAUCGGAAAGUUAUGGAAUAAAGAAAUCCUAUGAAUCACUUCUUGGAUCAACCUCUUACCUCUUUCGGCUGAUAAAAUAUCGAGCACCCGAGACGAAUCAGACCAAUUUGGGGAUAGUCCCCCAUACUGACAAGAGCUUCAUGUCCAUUCUUCAUCAACGUCAAGUUAAGGGUUUGGAGGUGAAAACAAAGGCAGGUGAAUGGAUUGUUGUUGAUCCCUCACCCUCGUGGUUCGUAGUCAUGGCUGGCGAUGUAUGCAUGGUGAGUUACUUUUCUCACAUAGCUAGAUAA